CAAGCUUCUCACCAAAAGAGAAAAAAAAAAAUAAUAAUAAUAAUAAUAACGAAAAGCUUUCAAUGCAAGCCAAACCCAAAUGCAAAUGAUUCAAAUAUUCAAAAGGAAAUGGAUUAGGACCAUGUGGGUCCCGCUUCCAUCGACACCCAGUUUCGUUGACAGCCCAUGAUUACCCGCGCAACGCUCUCAUUUCGCUCGCUGUCUCUCUGUCUAUCUCACACCCUUGCACUCACGCUCCUCACAAAAAAAUGAAACUACCCUAGCAUGGCGGGAAAAUUCAAAUACUAGCGACUGAAAUCUCUCACUGAAAAUAGAGGGAAAUUUUCAAAAAACCCCGCAGGAACGCUAAUCCCCAAAUAUAUCACUUUUCAAAAACGUCCACUUUCUCUCUUUCUCACUGCUUUGUCUCCUUAUAUAGCCCACCCUUUCGUUCGCCAAUUUCUGCAACAGAGUUGUUCGACGAAAGUCCUCACUCACAGAUAAGACACGGUCUGAGGGCGAGUUCGUUUGUAAGCCAGAGAGAAAUGUAUGUGGUAAAGAGAGACGGUCGUCAGGAGGCGGUCCAUUUCGAUAAGAUUACGGCAAGGUUGAAAAAGCUGAGUUAUGGGUUGAGCAUUGAGCACUGCGACCCGGUUCUCGUGGCUCAGAAAGUCUGUGCUGGUGUCUACAAGGGUGUCACAACUAGUCAGCUUGAUGAAUUGGCUGCUGAAACUGCUGCUGCUAUGACCGCCAAUCACCCCGACUAUGCCUCCUUGGCUGCGAGAAUUGCCGUGUCAAAUCUUCACAAGAACACAAAGAAAUCGUUUUCUGAGACAAUCAAAAUCAUGUACCAUCAUGUUAACGAGAGAUCUGGACAGAAGGCUCCCCUUGUAGCUGACGAUGUUUAUGAUAUCAUCAUGAAGAAUGCAGCUCGUAUGGACAGUGAGAUAAUUUACGAUAGGGACUUUGACUAUGAUUACUUUGGUUUCAAGACCCUUGAGAGGUCCUACCUCUUAAAAGUACAGGGGAAGGUUGUUGAAAGGCCUCAACAUAUGUUGAUGAGGGUUGCUGUAGGAACUCAUAAGGAUGAUAUUGAUUCUGCUAUCAAAACAUACCACUUGAUGUCCCAGCGGUGGUUCACUCAUGCUUCUCCCACCCUUUUCAAUUCAGGAACACCAGCGCCUCAAUUGAGUAGUUGCUUCCUUGUAUGCAUGAAAGAUGAUAGCAUUGAAGGCAUAUAUGAUACCUUGAAGGAAUGUGCUGUUAUCAGCAAGUCAGCUGGAGGGAUUGGUGUCUCAAUUCAUAAUAUUCGUGCCACAGGCAGUUAUAUUCGUGGGACAAAUGGGACAUCCAAUGGCAUUGUUCCAAUGCUAAGGGUUUUCAAUGAUACAGCUCGUUAUGUUGAUCAAGGGGGAGGCAAGAGAAAGGGUGCUUUUGCUGUGUACUUGGAGCCAUGGCAUUCUGAUAUAUUUGAAUUUCUAGAUCUGAGGAAAAACCAUGGAAAGGAAGAACAUCGUGCCCGUGAUCUGUUUUAUGCUCUUUGGGUGCCGGACAUCUUCAUGGAAAGAGUCCAAAGUAAUGGACAAUGGUCGUUGUUUUGCCCUAAUGAGUCCCCAGGGUUGGCAGACUGCUGGGGUGAAGAAUUUGAAAAGCUCUACACCAAGUAUGAAAGCCAGGGUAAGGCCAAGAAGGUUGUAGAGGCACAGAAUUUAUGGUUUGAAAUUCUGAAAUCCCAAAUAGAAACUGGAACUCCCUAUAUGCUGUUUAAGGACACUUGCAAUAGGAAAAGUAAUCAGCAAAAUCUUGGUACCAUUAAAUCCUCAAACUUGUGUACGGAGAUAAUUGAGUAUACUAGUCCAACAGAAACUGCUGUAUGCAAUCUGGCAUCAAUUGCUUUACCAAGAUAUGUCAGAGAGAAGGGAGUUUCAUUAGAGUCACAUCCUUCUAAGCAUGUGGGAAGCAGAGGUUCCAAGAAUCGAUAUUUUGACUUUGACAAAUUAGCAGAGGUCACUGCUAUGGUCACUACAAACCUUAACAAGGUAAUUGAUGUUAAUUACUACCCUGUUGACACUGCAAAAAGGUCAAAUUUGCGGCAUAGACCAAUUGGUAUUGGAGUUCAGGGUCUAGCUGAUACCUUCAUCUUGCUUGGUAUGGCAUUUGAUUCGCCUGAGGCCCAACAACUGAAUAAAGACAUAUUUGAGACCAUAUAUUAUCAUGCUCUGAAGACUUCCUCUGAGCUAGCUGCAAAAGAAGGCCCAUAUGAAUCAUAUGAUGGCAGUCCUGUAAGCAAGGGAAUUCUUCAGCCAGAUAUGUGGGGUGUAAAACCUUCGAAUAGAUGGGAUUGGGAUGCUCUUAGGGAAAUGAUCUCUAAAAAUGGAGUUAGAAAUUCACUUCUUGUAGCCCCAAUGCCUACAGCUUCAACCAGCCAAAUUCUUGGAAACAAUGAGUGCUUUGAGCCAUAUACUUCCAAUAUCUAUAGUCGCAGAGUUCUAAGUGGUGAAUUUGUUGUUGUGAAUAAACAUCUUCUUCACGACUUAACUGAGAUGGGCUUGUGGUCCCCUGCAAUAAAGAACAAGAUAAUCUAUGAAGAUGGCUCUGUACAGAAGAUCCAAGAAAUCCCCAAUGAACUUAAACAUAUUUACAAAACUGUUUGGGAGAUCAAGCAAAGGACUUUGGUUGAUAUGGCAGUUGAUCGUGGAUGCUAUAUAGAUCAGAGUCAAAGCCUGAAUAUACAUAUGGACCAACCAAAUUUUGGGAAACUUACUUCAUUGCACUUCUAUGCAUGGUCCAAGGGUCUGAAAACAGGAAUGUAUUAUCUCCGUUCACGUGCUGCAGCUGAUGCCAUCAAAUUCACUGUUGAUACUUCCAUCUUCAAAGAACACCCUAGGGUGGAAGAUGAUGAUUCUAAAAUGGCACAGAUGGUUUGCUCUUUGUCAAACCGUGAGGAGUGCAUGGCUUGUGGAAGUUAAAGUGCUAAACAGUUAGGUGAAAAUGAAUGUGCAUAUGGUGGAAAUACCCUGAGAAGGCACGAGUAUGGCCUGAUUUCAAUGCUCCUUUUGAAAAUUGAUCUUUUUGAAAGGUUAUAGAGAGUAGGGGUUUAAAAAUCUAGCAAGCUAAGUAUCUAAGUGUGCAGUUUGAAUGACAUGAAAGCUUUUGUAUAUAGUUUAAAUUCAUGAAUCAGGAAGAUAUGUACGUACUGUGAAUGCAGUUUGGAAAACAGAGUACGUACAUCAGCCUAGAACUGGAUCUGACUCUGGGCUUUUAUAUGGAAAUUGGUCUUAACCCAAUUAUUAAUCACUUUUGCUCUAAAAAAAUUCUCUA